GUCGGAAGCAGUAUAGUUGCUGGUGUUGUAACAGAACAUCCAUGGAACCAGAAGCACGCUGAACGGGACCCCAAAAGUAAAGCCAAUGACAACAGUUGCAGUCCUUGGAGGGGGGAUCGGGGGUCUGGCAGCAUCUUACUACCUGUGCAAGAGCCCCCAGGUUACCAAGGUCAUUGUCUUGGAGUCCAGCAGUCGCUUCGGAGGUUGGCUGUGGUCCACCAGGAGGUCAGAUGGGGCGGUGUUUGAACACGGACCCAGAGGGAUCCGACCUGCUGGAGCAGUGGGUCGCAACACACUCAAUAUGGUGGAUGACUUGGGUCUUGGGGGGGAGAUUCUUCCUGUCACCUACAGCCAUGUCGCCUCCAAGAACAGAUAUGUGUACGUCAACAAACAGCUCCACAGGAUGCCUUCAGGAAUAAGUGGACUUCUGCGGACAGUACCACCCUUCUCUCGUCCCCUCCUGCUGAGCGUUGCCAUGGAGAUACUGGUGAAGAAGGGCAAGGAGGACGACGAGUCCAUCCACUCAUUUGUUUCCAGGAGGCUGGGGAAGGAGCUGGCAGACAUAGCUGUGGACAGUUUGUGUCGUGGUGUGUUUGCGGGGGACUGCAGGAAGUUGAGUGUGCGCUCUUGUUUUCCUGUCUUGUACAAUGCAGAGCAGCGCAGAGGUUCACUGAUACUGGGCAUGCUGAUGGGUUCAGGUCCGGCUCCUGUGGUUCCCCCUGGCCCCCUGGCUCAAAGAUCUGUUGAAGAGUCGUGGGCCCAGUGGUCCCUGAGCAGAGGAGUGGAGUCCCUCCCAGAGUCCAUCACUCAGUACCUAAAGCAGAGCGGCAGAGUAGAGCUUCACAGAGAGACAGCUGUUCAACACAUCAGUCAUUCAGCCUCUGGAUGGAAGAUCAAAUUGGAGGAUGGAGCCAUGUCAGCUGACCACAUCAUCUCUGCACUACCUGCUAAAGCCCUCUCCUCAAUCCUGCCCUCCACCUAUCAACCUCUCAUCCAGUUGCUGCAGGACAUCUCCACGGUAACAGUUGCCGUGGUAAAUCUGGAGUAUGAAGGUUCUGUCCUGCCUGUAGCGGGUUUUGGUCACCUGCUGCCAUCGUCAGAGGAUCGGGGUUUACUAGGGGUGGUCUACGACUCGAUCCCCUUUCCUCAACACAACAGACCUGACGGACAGACUACUAGACUGACAGUGAUGAUGGGCGGGGCCUGGUUCCAGGAAGUGUUUGGGGCCCCAGAGGCGGUGACAGAGGAGUGUCUUUUAGCAAGAGCCACUGAGGCAGUGAGCAGCCAGCUAGGAGUCACCACUGCACCCAGCUGGAGUCGAGUGACUCUACAGAGGGACUGUAUACCUCAGUACUACCAAGGACACUAUCGGGGAGUUGAGUCCAUGCGCAGCUUCAUAAGGGAGAAUAAUCUCCCGCUAUCUCUGAUUGGUUCCUCCUAUGACGGCGUGUCAGUCAAUGACGUCAUCUUCAGUGGACGAACCGCUGCUGAGCAGUUGUUGGGAACAGUUUGAUGGAGCUGGUCUACACUCCACCGUGACAGCAACCAAGUCAGCUGUUGCUCUGUGUGCGUCUAGAAAUAUGUUUAGUUUUUUUUUUAUUUAAAAGGUCGAGAAUUUAUGUGUAAAACAUUUGUCCGUCUUCCCUGGAAAUGUCAACUCAAUAUUUUCUUCAACACUACUAAAUAGAAUGGAUAUUUAUGUGUAAUAUAACAGUGUCUUAUUAGAAUGAGGUUGUGUUGAUAUAUGCCGUGUCUGAACGUACACAUUAUCAGGUUCAAAGCGCUGACGUUAUUAUAAUUAUUGCUUUUCAGAACAUCUGAAUUACCUACUGAUGUGACUUGCACUUAAAUACAGUAAAGCCUUAAUGCACCUACAGGCUGUUUCUGUCAUGUGUUGACCUGUUUGAUGAGCGUGUAUGACCUGCUUUUAUUGAACUGAUUUUUAUAAUCUGAUAUUCAGGCAUAGGUUUCAGGUUAAGUCAUUUGUACAUAUUUAAAGCCCUCUGAGGCACAUUUGUGAAUUUCUGUCAUAUAAAUAAAAGUGAAGAAAAU